UUUCCGGGUUUUUAUUCUUCAUCCAUCUUGUUAAAAUAUUGUUCACAAAUUAAACGGAUGGCUGAAGAAAUUAAAACAACGCAGGCUGUCUGGAGGUUAAAACGGUAUGGGCGUUUUCUCCCAAAAGCCCAAAAUGUUGGAGAAAACUCUUCAUGGAAGGUGUUCGAGUCCAGUGAAAGCAAAGGGACGUUGGAGCUGAAGAUACUGGAAUCUGGUCACCUGCUCAUCGCACAGGCUCAGGAACUAUUGGAAGGCUUCUCUCUUCUCAACGCUCAGAGCUUCCUGAAGAUCCAACAGAAAUCAGACAGCCUGCUUUUCUACUUCACGCUGAAGGAAGGGAGCCGUAUGAUACGACUACAGUUUGAGGGCAGCAGCAGGUCUGAAGCUGUAGAUUUAUGCAGGAAGGCAGUCGAAAGAUUGAAUGAAUAUCUGCCUGUAGGCACUCAGGAGCAGCCUGGCACUUCAUCUACAACUCAAACCACUGGAAUCUCUAACCAGCACAAGCAGACUCCUGUCGCACCACCGCAGGCGAUCCAUGACGGUACUCAGGAAUCUCUGUCCAUCAAGCAGCUUUCUCAGUAUUUCCUGGGUGACAGUGGACUGUCCCUGCCUUUGGCAUAUCAUCAUUUCACUCCGCCUCCUGGUGAUCUGGAGAGUCUAUUGCGUCUGUGUUUGCUCGACUCUAGCUUCCCUGGUUUUGUAGAAGAUGUGGAGAAGAUGCUAAAUGGCUUAAUCAAAGAAUGAGGUACACCUCACAACUCGACAAUAUUCACAAAAGUAUUCACUUCAAUUAUCGGACAUGAUGUGCAUCGUGCACCAAAUCCACUUGGAAUUGUUAUGUUCUAAAACAUUUCUGUUGAACUUAUUGGUUGGUUAAUGGUUUGCUUAAUUUUGUUCCUGUCGCACACAAGAGAGUGAUGAAUCAGAACUAUAGUCUGUCCAGUUCCCUCACUUCUUCAUCUAUACUCUCUGCUCAAAUGGAUCUGCUUCCAAAGGUAUAAGUUUGUGUUAAUGUGUAAGUUCAGUAUUGCACCUGUGUUCAUUGCUGACUAGUUGAAUUUUUUGUGUAAAUAUUACACCGACCUUUGCUCACCAACAAAAUUGGACGAUCAUAACAUGUUUCAGAUGUUGUUUUUUUUUCCUCCUAUUAAACACCAUUCUUACAGAA